ACUUAGUUGGGUAACGAUGAAUCACUAGGCCGCAUGUCAGAUAAUAAAGGAAGAUCGAUUAUACUUUAAUAAUUUAGUGCUUUAAUUAGAUUAACGUUAGCCUAAAUAUGAAGACGACAGCGAGCUCUGAUGUGUUUUAAAACUACGAUCAACGCGAUGAGAGAUCACUGUAACAAAAUACAUGAUAUUUUUGUAUUUUCUACACAAAAUAUUCUACAAACCUGCAUUGCACGUAGUCUUUUGUUUUGAAUGAUCUGUCAAACAACAACAACAACAGCAAGCCAGAUUGAAAGUAAUCAUUUUGUAACGGUAUUUUAUAUUUUAGAACUAAAAUCGUCAUUCAAGAGACGUUAACGUUAGACAAAAAAAAAGUCGUUUAUCAACAGACCUUCUUAUCAUCGACAGUCGUCAGGCAGGCCUUUUUGCUGUGAGCAAACAAUGAGAGAGAGCCCGAGGAGACCCAUCAUCCUGAAGAGGAGGAAGCUGCCCUUCCAGAAGAGUGAGUCUGAUGUAGGGUGCGAUGAGGCUGAUGGGGCGCGCCGCAAGACCACCCCGACCCCGUCCACCGCCCGCUGCUUCCCUGAUGGCAUCCGCAUGAUGGACCACCCCACCAUGCCGGACACUCAAGUGGUGGUGAUCCCGAAAGCAGCCGAUCUGCAGAGCGUCAUCAGCGCACUGACGGCCAAAGGGAAGGAGUGCGGGCCUCGGGGCCGAAACAAGUUCAUCCUGCUCAGCGGCAGCACCAGUGCCCUCGGGUGUUUAUCUACAGAACCUAGGGAUGAGCUUGAGAAAGUGAAAAAGGAGACGGAGUGCUUCCCGCUGGAUGACAGUCUGACAAACAUCCAGUGGCUGGGAAAAAUGAGCUCUGAUGGGCUUGGAUCAGAGUCAAACCAAAAAUGCACCAACAAGGACAAUCCAAGUGACUGUCUUCAGCAGUCCACAGCUCCAGAAAAGGAGAAGGACCCUCUGUCUGAGAGACCACCAUAUUCCUACAUGGCUAUGAUCCAGUUUGCUAUCAACAGCAAGAAGAACCGACACAUGACCCUGAAAGAAAUUUACAACUGGAUCGAAGACCACUUUCCGUACUUCCGAAAUGUUGCCAAACCUGGAUGGAAGAAUUCCAUACGUCAUAAUCUCUCACUGCAUGACAUGUUCGUCCGGGAGACGUCUCCCGAUGGCAAGAUCUCCUAUUGGACGAUUCGACCGGAAGCAAACCGCUGUCUCACUUUGGACCAGGUCUACAAGCCUUUGGUUGACCCAGUGACCCCCACUUGCCCUCAGAUCACACAAGUUGGUUUCAAACAACAACAGAAGAGAGGUCCUCCGGAGCUGAAGAAAGCCAUACCCACCACAGAGAGGAAGAUGAAGCCGCUUCUGCCUCGGACGGACUCAUACCUGGUUCCCAUCCAGCUUCCUCUGGGUCAGUCACUCUUCCUGCCCUCCUCCAGUCCCGCGACUCUCGCCACUCCUCCACACGCUCAGAGCUCUUCCACUCUCAGCUCCAGCGGUGCGAGCAAGAGGGUCCGGAUUGCCCCUAAGGUCUCUCAGAGUGACGUGAGCUCUGUGAUGCUGUGUGCAUCCACCUCUCAGGAUAUAAAGGAGGAGCCUGUGAGUGUGUCUGUGACUCCUGAGGCGUCUGCGGCUCCGCCCCCCAAAACCAGACACCGAGAAAACAGCAGCUCCCGCCGCAAACAGCGUCUAGUCCUGCCAGCCACCGAGGAGCCCGUCCUGCUCUACCCCGACAGCACUCUCUUCGACUCGGGCGUGGUCUCCGACGCCUCCACCUUCCAAGACACUCAAGAUCCAGAGACCCAGUCCACCUGUAAACCCGACCCCGACAGCCCGAACAGAGAAUACGCUUUUAAAACGCCCAUCAAGAGCAGCCACCCUUCCUCAUCCACUCCCAGUAAGUUUCCCACAGUCCUGGAGCCCUGGAGGAUCACUCCUGUCGGAAAGGGAGGCGUGCUGGACUUCAGCCCCAUCCGUACGCCCAGCGGGCCACAGCUUACCCCGCAACGGCACGAACACACGCCUCUCAGCUUCAACAGCACGCCUUUCAAAGAGCUGGCGCUCUUCAGCUCCCCUCGAGAGCUGCUCACCUGCUCCAGACCCUCUCCUAGACGCUGCACUCCGACCUGCUCCAGAGAGCUGCUGCAAGUGGGCGCCGCCAACCGCUCUCUCACUGAAGGCCUCGUCCUGGAUACCAUGAACGACAGCCUGAGUAAAAUCCUAGUGGAUAUCAGCUUCCCCAACCUGGAGGAUGAUGAUCUCGGCAUGGCAAACAUCAGCUGGUCCCAAUUUAUCCCGGAGCUCAAGUGACUCCUGUAGCGCAUCUCAACUUCUUUUAUCCGAGCUGCUCACACUUCCUUCACUGCCUUUGAUUCUUAUUUACUUGCUAUUGAUCUCUUAAGUUUUUUCUUAAUUUCUAUUGCUAUUUCACUGCCUUUUACUGUACGUGUUUGUGCUACUUUAUUUGUGCGCAAAACUGUUAGUGACAAAUGUACUUAGAUGAGAUUAAUUUGCACAAGUUGUAAUAUAUAAAUAUGAGUGUGUGAGAGAGAGUGUAUAUUAUUAAUGGACAUACAGAUUUACCAGAUCAAUUAAUUUACACUACUCAAUUCUACAGUAUUUCUUUGUUUUGGAAUGAUUUUGAACACCUUGGAUUAGCCAGAUCGACUGAUGGUAAAAAUAGCUCACAAAAAGAGAUUUUUAAGAGAAUUUGGUGUGUAAAAAACCCUCACAUUCAAAUUAAAGGGAUAGUUCACCCAAAAAUGAAAAUUCUGCCUCCACUUGUUCUAAACCUUUCUUCUGUUGAACACAAAAGAUGACGUUUUGAAAAACGUUGGUGACUAAACAGCUGACUGUAGCCAUUUUCAUUUUUGGGUGGACUGUCCCUUUAAUGGUUGUUCGUUAAUUGCAGAUGGUCAUGUAAGUGUUGCACUGUACUAGAAUUUGCUAGUCAUUCAUCUGAAGUGUAUCGAGCCGUUUAUAACAUCCCAUAAUGUGUGUUUUCAUGGUUUCAAGCACGUCAGAAUAGGGAUUCAUCUCUGCUGCUGCUUUUCUGUAUUCAUGUGUUUUUACUAUUAAGAACGAUUUAAGACUUUGCAUUCUGGAUGUUGGAUAUGACCAAGAUGAGCGUUCAGAGAGAUUCGUGGUGUGUUACAAAGCUUUUAAUGUUCAUUUGCAUAUGCAAAGUGAUUUAUGAGCAUGCACAGAGUUCAUAUGUGCUUCUAUGCAUAUAUGCUUACGUUGAAUUCUUCCAAUGAAAAACAGCAAGAUGUCAUAAAAAUAUACAAAAAUUACAUGGUCGACAGAUUUAUGGUGGAAAGAUGUUACAUCAGGAUUAGAAAUUAAGUACUAUAUUUACUAAUAAUAGUACGUUAAUGCACACACGUUUGAAAAUCUAUGUAAUAAUCAACAUUGACAUUUCUCAACAGCGUACAUUUUGGUGAUACAAAAAAACUUCCCAUCCAGACCCUCUGCCAAUCAGAGAACCAUAAUAGGAUGUGUUUUGUCCUAUUUUUGAAGACUGUAUUGAAAUAUGAAAGUUAUCUACUAGGCAUUUUACUGAGGUAACAGGCUUCAACCAGAAACACCCAUUGUCAUUUCCAACAAAGCAUACAAUUUGGUUUCUGUUCCUAUUGUACUUACUUUUUGAGAAUAAAGGGAUACUUUAUACAA